AUGGCGGCUCCGGGCUUUGCGGCUCCCGCGGCGCCCCCGGCCGCGCCCGCGCUGGCGGCGACCAUCAUGACGCCGUUCGCGGAUCUGGCGGCGGCGGCGGGGGCCGGCCCUCAGCUCACGGCCUACCUGGCGGCCCGCAACCUGAACCGCACGGCGACGCUGGCCCUCAUCGCCCACUCCUGGCCGGAGUUUGAGGACCGCGUCGUCCGGCCUUUCCUGGACGGGGUGGACAUUGCCGGCACUGUGCACCAGGCGCCGGAGGCGGAGCAGGCGGUCGUCGAGGCCAUCCUUCACCACAUGUGGGCCGAGGCGCACAAGCAGUGGGCCACCCACAUCGCGGUCCCGGCACCGGCGGCUGCGCCAGCCCCGGCCGCGGCGGCCCCUGGAACGGUGGUGCCGGCCCUUCCCGGGGGGCCGCUGGUCAAGCGGUACAACGAGGUGACGGUCGCCGGCGAGCCCCGGGAUUUCCCCACGACCCUCCUCCUCGGCGCGGAGGAGGUGCUGGCGCGCAUGUACUUCGAGCACACAAAGUCGAAGGAGUACACGGCGGUCGGCUUGGGUGAGAUCUUGCAGCGGCGCACCUUCACGGCGGCCAUGGAGGUGAAUCCGCUGGCGAUCCGGCGCCACAAGGAGAGGGGCCAGGCGAUCCGGCUGGUGGACGGCGCACUGGUCCAUGACCGGGAGGACCCCUGGACCCCGAGGGGGGUCCUCGGCGUCAUCGACGGCAUCGAGGCGGUGCGCUGGGCUUGGACCCUCACCGGCGUGGCCACAGAGAAGGGGGCGGCGGAGUACGCCCAGUGGUGGACGUCGAAGGCCCGGCAGCGCCCGUCCCAGCUCGAGGCGAUCACGGAGUACUGGGACGCGUCAUCCCGGCGCUUGGCCAUGCAGAUGCGCCUUCGCCGGACGUUCGAGGAGGUCACGGCGGAGAUCAUGAAGGACCAGGCGGCGUUCCUGGAUGUCCUCUCCCGCCCACGGCCCCCGGCGAGGAACAAGGUCAGCGAGGGCUCCAACCCGCCGGACCCGGAGACGGACGGCCCGCCAGGCGCCGCGGCGCACCAGGGUUACCAGCCCGGGCCCGCGCCACAGAAGGUGAAGAAGAACAGGCGGCGCCGCAACAACCCCCGCCAGGCGCAACAGCAGCACCAGCACCGCGGCGACGAGGGUGGCUCGGACAGCCGCGGUGGCGGCGGCGGUGGCUGGCGGCAGAACUGGCGCCCUCGCGGCGACUCCAACCAGCAGCCUGGCCGCCAGGACUGGCAUGACGAUCGGCGGUGGGCCAAUGCCGACCGGGCCCAGUCGUGGCAGGACCGCGGCGGGAAGAGAGACUCCCAGGACCCGGCCACCGGCGCACCCCUGGUCUGGACCAAGAAGGGGCCGUUCCACCGUCUUCGGCUGGAGGAAGCCAGGGCGGCGGCCAGCACUAUGCUACCGGUGGGCAUGGCCUUUCACCCGGCGGUGGCGUCGAGCAGGCGAAAUGAGUUUGAAGCCGCUGAUCCUCCGGUGUCAGCUGCGGGGCACGAUGCUCUGGUGACUUAUUUGUUCGCGGCAGACGCCGCCGAUGUUUGCCUCAGGCUGUGGAUUGUGUGCGUUGGCCACCACAGCACAAAGCUGCGCCUUUUGUGUGCAACUUUCAAAGCUUUUGCAGACUUCGCCUUCUCGAGAGCGGCGGUCUUUCAAGCGUGUCCACACCAAAAUCGGACCGUGCUCAGUUGGAUGAGCGACGUUUCCUCUUGCCAUGUUCAUGUGCACGUACCGACUGUUCUUGGAAAACUGUUCAUGUCGUGCCUGAAUGCCAAUGCAGGAAGCUGA